GAGACGGACGUGCUGAAGCCCGCAAGCUGCCGCUCUAGCCUGAGCCGGGUCGUAGAGUCGAGCUGCUUCCGGCGCCGCGGCUGGGAAGGAGCCGGAAGUCCGGUGGGCUCCGGGUGUCGAGAUGGAGGAGGGAGAGUAUGAGUCGGUCCUCUGUGUCAAGCCGGAGGUCCACGUCUACCGCAUCCCGCCGCGAGCCACCAACCGUGGUUACAGGGCCGCGGAGUGGCAGCUGGACCAGCCAUCAUGGAGUGGCCGGCUGCGGAUCACUGCAAAAGGGCAGGUGGCCUUCAUCAAGCUGGAGGACAGGACCUCAGGGGAGCUCUUUGCUCAGGCUCCGGUGGAUCAGUUUCCCGGCACGGCCGUCGAGAGCGUGACGGAUUCCAGCAGGUACUUCGUUAUCCGCAUCGAAGAUGGAAACGGGCGCCGGGCAUUUAUUGGAAUUGGCUUCGGGGACCGAGGCGAUGCCUUUGACUUCAACGUUGCACUGCAGGACCACUUCAAGUGGGUGAAACAGCAGUGUGAAUUUGCAAAACAGGCCCAGAACCCAGACCAGGGUCCCAAGUUGGACCUAGGCUUCAAAGAGGGCCAGACCAUCAAGCUCAACAUCGCGAACAUGAAGAAGAAGGAAGGAGCAGCUGGGACCCCCCGAGCACGGCCGGCCAGCGCAGGAGGACUGAGCCUGCUUCCUCCACCCCCCGGGGGGAAAACCUCCACCCUGAUCCCUCCCCCUGGGGAGCAGGUGUCUGUGGGGGGAUCACUCGUCCAGACAGCAGUUGGUCCCAGUUCAGGAGGGGCCGCCGUAUCCUGGCCGCAACCCAGGCCUGCCACGACCGCCACCACCGACAUCUGGGGAGACUUUACCAAGUCCACAGGGUCGACUUCCAGCCAGCCUCAACCAGGUACAGGCUGGGUCCAGUUCUGAUCUGAGUGUAGUCCCUCUUUUUCCUCAUACAAUUUCUGGAACGAAGCCACGUCACCUGGGCCAAAAGGAAGGAGGACGAAGCACUCCCCGGCCAGCCUCUGUUUGGAGCAUGACUCUCUCCUUUCCUCCUCAGCUGACUUUGACAGACUGGCGUGUUAGGCAGUAAACGGGCACAGUGUCACACUGUUUCCUGGGACUCGAGGAGGAAAGCCCAGUAUCCCUGUCCCUGUCCCUCUCUUGACAUGAGAGACUCUGAGACUGCUGCUUCCAUCACGUGACCCAUAUUAAACAGAAGCCCCCAAAGCAAAAGAAGGGCUUGAGCGUGCUACCUGCCUCAGCUGGGCCCUUCUCAGUGGUUACAGAUGUCCCGUGAUCACUGGCCAGAAGGAGGGUCUUCUGCACGCUCAUUGGCUGUAGCCACGUCACUCACGGUGCCUUCAGAGGGGGGAUUCCUUCCUGAUUUCUGGCGGGUUUAUAGGCUGCUCCUCGAGCAGAUAAUCAGGAGGGAAAUCAAGAGUAUUAACCAGCUUUUAAAAAUUUUUUAUUUGCUUUGCUAACAUGCUGAUCUGCACUAACUCAUCUUUGCAAAAGGGACUGCUCCUGCAAGAUGUCCCAGCAGGGACCUCGGAAAGCAUCCCGCCCUGUCCGCCGUAGGAGCUGCUCUGAGCUUCAGAAAGUGUUGUUCCUUCUUGGCUAAGUGGCCUGGCUGCCGGGUCGCCACGUGGGCAGUGCGGGCUGAGGCAGGCGCCGGAAGCUGUUCGGGCAGGAAAGCCGGAAUGUUCUCAUGGCGGUGGGCGGUCCAGCCGUCCUGUCCACUGACAGCUCUCUGGGUUCACGGGCCCCCAGCGCAGUUCCCGGGGGCCUUGGGUUUUCUCCUUGGUGUGGUUUCUGAAGUGCCUUGUCUGCAGACAGCCUCUUACUUUGUUUUCUCCUUCAGAGACUGUGCACGACGGAAGGAGUUCUGAGUGAACUGGGAGACUAGGGCUGCCUGUUUUACUGGUUGAUGAGAAAUAAUUUUAUCUGAGCACACCUCGAAAUUUGCUUUUUAUCAACAAACUUUACCUCUUAAUUGAUCGAUUUUUUUGAAGGGUCAACACAACUGAAAAAAAAAAAGAAAGAGUGUUGGCCUUUUUGUGGGACCAGAUUCCGAAGAUAAAUAAAUAUUUUUACUUCUGUC